AUGCCAAAUGGUCAACAUGGGUCAAACCAAGACAUGGAAAAGAGAUCUGGGUACCUCAAGGGCCUUGGAUCAAGGGUUGGGCUCAAAUCGGGGGGGAGCGAUAGUCAGUACGGUGUCAACCAAGUCAAGGACGAUACCUCUCGCGGGUUCUGGACCAUUGUUGGACCUGAUGGUGUUGUUAACACCGCCAAUGCCCACAUGCUACCUGCUGCUUCGCCGACUGGUCGUCGUAAGGCUGUUGACGCAAGUUCGAAUGGGCGGCAAGAUGGUCAGCAACACGGUACUAAGGGCCAACAAAAGGGACAACGGCCAAAGCAACCUGGCAUGGAGCAACAACCGCGUAAUCGCACGCAAUCAAACAGCCAGCGGCCCACACCCAAGUUUGAAGGGAUACAAAUAACUUUUGUGACCGUGACUGUCCGGCCUACAGUCUCCAAGGAGCCGGUCAGAGCGGGAACAAAGUCACCCAAAACAGUCACGACGACAGUCACUGUUGCUGGAGGUCUAAUAUCGAUCCAACCUCAGAAUCCUCAAAACUCUUCUCGGAAGUCAAACACUGGAGAAAAACCCACGCCCAAUGCUAGUGGAAAUGGAGUGAAGACAGUCCCUAUUGACAAAACUGCGCUUCCGACAACAACUUACAGUUUGAAUCCUCCGAAGCCUCCACCACCGGCACCGCCAAAACCAGAAUCGAGUUCAUCUUUGCCUCCCGUGCCAGCUCCGGUUACUUUGCCCAAACCCCCCCAACCAGCAGCACCAAAGCCUGAUGCGCAAAAGGAAGGCGGCACCUCGCCGUCGUCAACUUCAUCGUCGGCUCCUUCGAGUUCCUCGUCUGAUUCGCAGGCACCGCCUCCUACAGCGCCAUUAGAUUCUGUCGUAGCUCCAGCAGCAACAUCCCCUCUUGGAGUAGUUGCCCCUGCACAACCAUCAGUCAAUCUAUCCGGACUCACUCUAAACAGCAUAGUCGACCUUGGGAACCUACCGAAGCAGGCAGGGAACGCUCCAGCUCCCACUACUGUGGCCAUCUAG